UCCACUUCUGUCUUAUGGGUUUCGAUGUUUCAACACAUCUCCACCCAACAUAUUCCUCGCCCAGCAUCUUCUUCCUUUCUUCACCCGCUUAAACCACAGACGUCAUCUUCUUUUGUUCAUCAUCGAUCAAGCUCUGUAUACAGCAUGGGCCGCAAGAGUAAUGACAGUGCCUGUAUGCCCGCACCAUUGGCCCACUAAGCCUUCCAUUCGACACUCGCCAGAUGGACAAAGCAGCGGCUGAAUCGUAAAUAAACACAUAAACCAAGGGCCCUUGGAAUCAACAAAUUCCCGCCCAAACCAAACAUAGUGGGUUACAAAUACGUUUCAUAUUCUCAGGCCCCCUUUUCACUCCGCCCUCUAUCUCCGCCUCUCUGUCUCUAUCUCUCUCUAAUUCCAUCUAAUUCAAGGCGUUUCGAUUACGAAUAGGUUUCGAAAAUGGGGGAUAAGGAGACACCAGUGAAGGAGGAACCGGUUGUUGAUUCUCCUACUUCUGUGCUUGAAGAAGAGGAUACGUGUAAGGACAAGGUUGGGGUAAAACUGGAGGAAGAAGAGUUUCUUGAUGCGAAAAAUGGCGAUGUUUCUCUAAUUUCGAGUGAGAUGGCUGCGGUGGAAAAAAAGCUUAAGGAAGAGAAUGCAGCUGAAGAAGAGGAGGUGAAGGAUGUACCGGAACUCAAUGACUCCCAGUUUUCUAAACUGGAUGAGCUUUUGACACAGACCCACCUGUACACAAAAUUUUUGCUGGAGAAAAUGGAUGACAUCACUGUGAAUGGAGUGGAAGAAGAUAGCAAAGACUCUAAGCCAAACAAGAAAGGCCGGGGUUCUAAAAGAAAGGCAGCUUCAAACUACAACACUAGGAAGGCUAAGAGAGCUGUGGCAGCUAUGCUCACUAGAUCAGAAGAAACCACUGCUUCUGAAGACCCGAGCCUCACUAAGGAAGAAAUUAUUGAAAAGGAGCAGGCUGAACUUGUUCCCUUGUUGACUGGUGGUCAAUUGAAGCCAUAUCAGAUAAAAGGCGUUAAAUGGAUGAUAUCGUUAUGGCAAAAUGGACUCAAUGGGAUCCUGGCAGAUCAAAUGGGGCUUGGAAAGACAAUUCAAACUAUUGGUUUUCUUGCUCAUCUAAAGGGGAAGGGGAUGGAUGGACCGUACCUAGUCAUUGCUCCUCUGUCAACCCUUUCAAAUUGGGUGAAUGAGAUAUCCAGGUUCACACCGUCAAUUAAUGCAAUCAUCUACCAUGGGGAUGCAAAAGCAAGGGAACAAAUUAGGAAGGAGAGUAUGCCCCGGUCAAUCGGCCCCAAAUUUCCCAUUGUAGUUACUUCUUAUGAAGUUGCAAUGAAUGAUGCAAAAAAGUAUCUGAGACAUUAUAGUUGGAAAUAUAUUGUGGUCGACGAGGGACACAGGCUGAAAAAUUCUAAAUGCAAACUACUCAAAGAAUUGAAACAUUUGCCUGUUGAAAAUAAGUUACUGUUAACUGGGACACCUCUGCAGAACAACUUGGCUGAGCUUUGGUCAUUGUUAAACUUUAUUCUUCCUGAUAUAUUCUCAUCUCAUGAAGAAUUCGAAUCAUGGUUUGAUCUGUCUGGGAAAUGCAACAAUAAAGCUGGGAAGGAAGAACUGGAGGAGACACGACAGUCACAAGUGGUGAGCAAACUCCAUGCUAUAUUGCGUCCUUUCCUCCUUCGAAGAAUGAAAGAAGAUGUCGAACAAAUGCUUCCUCGAAAGAAGGAGAUUAUUCUGUAUGCCACUAUGACAGAGUAUCAAAAGAACUUCCAGGAGCAUUUAGUUAACAGGACACUGGAAAAUCACCUGCUAGAGACAGUUGACACUGGACGUGGCUUUAAAGGGAGGCUUCAAAACUUGAUGGUUCAACUUCGUAAAAAUUGUGCCCACCCUGACCUCUUAGAGUCGGCUUAUGAUGGUUCCUACUUCUACCCACCUGUAGAGCAGAUAGUUGGACAGUGCGGCAAAUUUCAGUUGCUAGACAAAUUGCUGAGAAAGCUAUUAGCUCGCAAACACAAAGUUCUAAUAUUUUCCCAGUGGACUAAGAUUUUGGAUAUAAUGCAUUACUAUCUAGAAGAAAGCGGUUUUGAAGUUUGUAGAAUUGAUGGCAGUGUAAAGUUGGAAGAAAGAAGAAAACAGAUCCAGGAAUUCAAUGAUUUAAACAGUAAAUAUAGAAUAUUUAUUCUAAGCACUAGAGCUGGUGGGCUGGGGAUCAAUCUUACUUCAGCUGACACUUGUAUUUUGUAUGACAGUGACUGGAACCCCCAAAUGGAUCUACAGGCAAUGGACCGCUGUCAUAGAAUUGGCCAGACAAAGCCUGUUCAUGUUUACAGGCUUGCAACUGCUCAGUCCGUUGAGGGUAGGAUUUUAAAAAGAGCUUUUAAUAAGUUAAAGCUUGAGCAUGUGGUGAUUGCUAAGGGGCAGUUUAUGCAAGAAAAAACCAAAGCUGAUACUGCAGAUAUUAAUGAGGAAGAUCUACUAGCCCUUCUUCGCGAUGAAGAAAAUGAAGAAGAUAAGAUGAUUCAGACAGACAUAAAUGAUGAAGAUCUAGAAAAGCUAUUGGACCGCAGCGAUCUUAUGGCUGGUGAUACUAAAAUGGCAGAUGGAAAGCCUCAAUAUACUGCGAGUGUGCUACCUUUGAAAGGACCUGGUUGGGAAGUGGUUAUACCAACUUCAACUGGGGGUAUGCUUAACACUGUGAACACAUAGUUGCUUUAUAAGUUAAGAGUGGGGGUGGGGUUUCAAGGUGGACAAUUGUAUUUUGGGUGCUGGUUGUGGGGGGCUGACUGUCUGAAAAUGCCAUUUUUAGGAGAGCAUAUAUGGUAGGGCUAAUAGACACUACCUUUUUGGAUAAGCUCUCUAUUUAAAUGUAUCUUAGCUGAGAAUGUUUGUUUUGGAUGAUAACUUUUAGUAAUCCCAGUCGUUUACCAGGCUGGGAGUAUUACCGGGGCACUAAACAUUGUAGCCAAUUUUCCAAGUAUUUGAUGUUGGCUCUUGCAGUUUGCUGUUA